CGUCUCCCUAUCUACCGCGUCUCGGUGCUGCGAACGGUAGGAAAUUGGCGGAGCCGUAUGCGUCCCGCAGCUGAUGAGCCACUAAGAAGCAUCUUUAACGAAACCUGUGGCUGAGUCGACACAGGUCAGCCUUGAACGCGUAGUCUCCUGCGCUGCCCGGGUCGAACUUCCCCUAACCCUCUCCGCCGUUUCUCCGCCCGACUCUCUCGCGCCGACGCAAAAGAAGGGUGAAACUUCUGUACGACCACGCCGACACCCAUCCCUCCCCUCGAUCCGUGCCAUCUUCGCCGCAACAACCCACACCAAAACCCCCUCUUCCCCCACCGCUGACGAACCACCUACCACUCUCUUCAAAUCAGAUCUACAGAUCCGUCGAGAUAAAGAUCAGGAUGACAGAGAAGUGUCCGAUCGUUCCUGGAUCUACUUCUUGAAUCGAUUUUUUGAUUCGAUCGAGGGUGCGCCUCCCAAGAUCUGGGUCGGCAUCGAUGCUCGAGUUCUAGUCUCGACCGUCUGUGACGAUGGAAGAGAAGAGUAGAGAAGAAGAAGCAGUUGCAGCAGCAGACACUGAAGUUAACGCCGUCGAGGUCGGUAAAGAAGAGGACCACCAUAAGCCAGUUCUGCGCAGGGAUCCUUCGUUCUCGCGGUGGUGCGACGUGAACGGGAUCUUGCGAUCGAAUGCUGCGGCCGAUGCUGGAUCCCCGGAGACCAGCUCGGCGGCCGAAGAAUCCGAAGAGUUCGAACUGCCGUUGCUCCAUCAGGGCAGGUCCGAGGAAGCGGACGCGGAGACCGAGGACCAGAUGAGAUCCCAAAGUUUUCGCCAGAGAAGCAUGUGCUCGGGCAACGCGAAUGACAGUGCAACGAAGUACGCUCCUCUGGACAUCGAGAACGGUGUGCACGUCAGCGAUUCGAUAGCGAAGCUCCAGUCGUUGGAGCAGUCCAAAGAGAGCCCCAUCUCUGCCGUGAUCGUGCUCAAAACUCUGUUCUAUAUACUGGGCUGGUACACCUUCAGCACCUGCUUGACAGUGUACAAUAAAACAUUGUUAGGGGAUCACUUGGGUAAAUUUCCAGCUCCAUUGCUGAUGAAUACAGUUCAUUUUUCCAUGCAAGCCAUUUUAUCCAAUGCCAUUGUGUAUAUUCAGUCUCGGAUUUCUGAAAGCAACAGGAAUACCAUGUCAUGGAAGGAUUACUUCAUCAGAGUUAUCCCGACAGCUAUUGCAACUGCAUUGGAUGUAAAUCUGAGCAAUGAGUCUCUUGUUUUCAUAUCUGUCACUUUUGCAACAAUGUGUAAAUCUGCCUCCCCGAUAUUUCUCCUUGUUUUUGCUUUUGUAUUUAGGUUGGAGACUCCUAGUUUUAAGCUGUUAGGCAUCAUACUUAUCAUUUCUGCUGGUGUUCUGUUAACAGUUGCCAAAGAGACCGAGUUUGAAUUCUGGGGCUUUCUUUUUGUUAUGCUCUCAACUGUAAUGUCUGGUUUCCGCUGGUGCAUGACUCAAAUUCUGUUGCAGAAAGAGGCCUACGGUUUAAAGAAUCCAAUUGCUCUGAUGAGCUAUGUGACACCAGUAAUGGCACUAAUAACUGCAGUCCUCUCUCUCUUAUUGGAUCCAUGGCAAAAGUUCAAGGGAAACAAUUACUUUAAUAGCUCAAAACACAUAAUGCAAAGCUGCCUACUUAUGCUUCUUGGCGGAGCAUUGGCAUUUUUUAUGGUUUUAACUGAAUAUAUUCUCGUGUCAGCAACCAGUGCAGUAACAGUUACAGUAGCUGGCAUUGUGAAGGAGGCUCUGACAAUUAUGGUUGCAGUAUUUUACUUCCACGAUCAAUUUACCUGGUUAAAAGGAUUUGGACUUUUUACAAUUAUGGUUGGGGUCAGUUUGUUUAAUUGGUACAAAUAUCACAAACUGAUGAAAGGUCAGCAAACUGAAAAUGAGGGAACAUAUUCUAGAUCAAUAGAUAGAGCUGCAAAAUAUGUCAUUCUUGAUGAUAUGGAGCUUCAAGAUGCUUGAGUAUCCAUCAUUGUGGGCAACAACAUUGGUAAUGAACUGGUACAUGGAGCCUUCAUAAUGCAUCUUCUGAGGUGUGGUGAGUUGACAUGCGUAGAGUUUAGACAAUGGUUAAAGUUCAUGAAUGCAAAAUUGUAGGAUAUGUAUGUCAAGUUUGGACACUCACUCUACUCGCGCCUGCGUCUUCUAUUCAAAUGUCAUGUGGGAGGCGUGUUAUGUGACGAGCUUUCUGGAAAGUGGUUAUUCUAUGGCAGGGAGCUCACAUGAUUAGAACUUACCGAAAUUGGUUUAUGAUAACAAAACAAAGGUGCAAUGCAACACUUGGUGAUUCCUGCCGCAUUCUUAUUCCUCGGAGCAGAAAGUUGCUUUGGCUUCAGUGAUAUCUGAAGAUGGUGAUUGCAUGUUUUAUUUGUUGAUUUAAUUGAAUAUUUAUUAGUUCCCUGUACUUCUCUCGUCUUUGCUAACCAACAAUGUUCAAAGAUGUAUAGGAUUAGUACAUUUUCCAAGUCAUAAAAGAACAUCUACAUAUUCUAUGUACCAUUCACCCACAUAAUACUUGCUAGUACCAUUCCAUGUUCCGUAGUC